AUGACACGAGGAUGAGGAAACACUGAGGUGAAUAGAUCGGCAUGUCAGUUUGUAGAGGAUUAUCCCAGAGCCCUACUGAAUCCUGGAUUCUGAUUGGUCAGAAGGUGUCCAUUCAUUUUCUCUAACAGCAGCUCUGAGAGCAAUGAGUAAUGAGUCUUUAUUGGUCACAUAUGCACAGUGAUUCUUUUCUUCGCAUACCCCAGCAUGUUAGGAGGUUGGGGUCAGCUAUGAUACAGUGCCCCCUGGAGCAGAGAGGGUUAAGGGCCUUGCUCAAGGGCCCAACAGUGGCAGCUUGGCAGUGCUGAACCCCCAACCUUCCGGAGUCCAAUGCAGUCGGCUACGGAGACGGUGGAGAACGCCUCCAUCCUUUCAAGCGGCUCGUCGCAAGAAGGCCACCGCCUGUGGAUCGGCAACAUCGACGCUAAAAUCACAGAGUAUCACCUGGUGAAGCUCCUGGAGAAAUUCGGACAGGUGGAGCAGUUUGAUUUCCUGUUCCACAAGUCCGGACCGCUGGAGGGUCAGCCGAGAGGAUACUGCUUCGUCAACUUCCACACCAAAGAGGAGGCUGAACGGGCCAUACAGUGUCUCAAUGGAAAGCUGGCGUUGUCCAAGAAACUGGUGGUGCGUUGGGCCCAUGCACAGAGGUUUGAGCCCUACAGAGGAGAUAAGAACCUGCCUGCUAGCUUGGAGCCGUCGUGCAGCGAAGCAGAAGAGCAGCCGACCUCGCUGAGUGUGAGUGCGAAGAUUAAAGCGAUCGAAGCCAAGCUGCAGAUGAUGGAGGAGAACGUGGACGAGGAGUACUCGGGCCCGUCGCCGUACCUUUACAACAAACCUCCCGAGAAGAAGGACAAGAGAUCUCAGCCUUAUAACAAACAGUUCCGCAGGUUCAAGAGAUGACCUCAUCCUCACACGCGCGCACACACACACACACGCACGCAGGCACACUGAGGACUUCUGGUUAAUAAAAACACACACUCUUUAAUGCGCUGUUCUGUCAGGACCGGAGGAGGAGGAAGACCUUCGUGUGGAACACUUCUCUCUUUCCCUGUGGAUUUUUUUUUUUUUAAUGAAUAUUUUAAGGUUUUGUACAUUUUUGUAACUUUCCAUUUUUUGACGAUUUCCUUUCUCGUUCUCUAACUGAAACCUUUUACUCGUGCUUGAAACGUCUUGCGUGUUCAGUUAUGAACUCCGUCGUGAUCCUGCGUCGCGUCUGUUGUUUUAUUUGGCUGUAUUUUGAGAACAUUGUAAGUCUGAAAGCACAGAACUGGACCUGAGCUCCAGGAGUCACUCCACUGUCGACCCCCACCCCCCACCCCCCCACCCACCCGACUUCAAUCACGUGAUCCACACUGAUGACGAGGAGCGACGUGACGCGAUGUGACGUUCGGCUCGCUGUUUUACAUCCAUCAUGACGAUAAUGUCCGAGCACCGUUGGAAUUGAGUUCGAGCUGUAGCUGUGAUUUCAUUGUUUUAUUAAUCUCAAGAAAAAACUUUUAAAUAAUAAUUAGGUUUAUGUUUUAACCCUGAACUAGAAAUAGAAAUGCUCGUCUUUUCACUUGUAUUUCAGAGAAAUUCGCCAUCUGACCGCCGUCUAAACCUCUAUAAUACAUGGAACGUGUUCAUUAUUAUUUUAAUAAUUUCAUAUAAUGAUUUCCUUUUUUUUUUUUUUUUUUUUUUUUGGUCCUGAAAUAAAAAUAUCAAUGAUCAUCUUUUCAGUAAUUUCAGAGAAAUGAUGGCUGUUUUUUUUAUUAUUAUUAUUAUUAUUAUUAUUAUUAUUAUUAUUAUUAUGUUAACUUAUAAAAAUAUACACACGCUUUUAUGGUGUGAAAUUCAAUUGUGUGUGUGUGUGUGUGUGUGUGUGUGUGUGUGUGUGUGUUGUUACGUCAUAAAACUCAAAACCAGUUUAUUCUUUUUUUUUUUAUUUUGUAUUUUUAUAAAAUGCAAAUCCAGCCCCCUGUAUAUGCAACACGUCUUUAUUCAAGAAAGGGUGUGGUUAGAAGGCGUUCCCGAUUUGCAUAUUCAAAUCAUCUGUCAUUUUUUGUGUUUUAGCAUGUAGGCGCUUCUGUGCUUAAAUACUUCAAUAAUGCUUUUGUAAAUAUUUUUUUUUUUCCUGAGACAUGUCCAGUCAUACACGUACACGGUUCAAUAAACUGGUCAUGUUAAAA